AUGGAAUCCGACAGCCCUCUCUCCACAACAGCCAACAUCACGGGCAUCCUGACGUUCGCCUACGCCAUCCUCGCCUCAUGUCUUUUAUUCCUCGCCAGCGUCCGCACCGCCGACAGCGAGAUGCAGCACCUCCUAUCCCAGACCCGCCAGACAAGCCGGCACAUCGAGACGCUGAGCAACUACUUCCAAGACCAGGACCUGGUGGCCGACAUCGACCUGGCCCCGAUGCGGGGUCCGAUAAAGGCCGCGCUCAGGGACUGGCGCAAGACCAACCAGGCCCUGACCGCGCAGAUUGCAAAACUCAAUGACAUGGGUCCCGGUAUCAGGCGGCGGGUUGCGUGGUGGUAUUGGCAGAACGACAUCCUCGCGGGCAUGGCCAAGUUGAGGAGCGAAAAGGAUGAUUUUUCGGCGUUGUUGCUGACUUAUUUGUCGAGAAAGAUUAUUACUCAGGAGCAUCACCUGUGGAGAUUGGAGAGGCUGGUUCAGGUUACAGAUGAGCAGAGGGACACUGAUAGGGAAGGGAAAAGCUAG